AUGGGCGACUCAUCACGCCGACGCCACAACCAAAUUGCUACCAUACGCUGGUCAGAAUCAUUUGAUGAACUUGAUCGUGCCACAGACGAAUUAUCAAUCACCUCAUCGUCCGAUCGGGCGUUGCAGAAACUCAACAUUUCUCUCGAUGAGUACGUCGUAAACGUACGCAAUGAGCUGAAGAGCACGAGCUCUUCGCUCUAUUACCAAUGCCGUUCGACGGAAUUUGCCACGCUCAUGAGACAUUUUCGUGAUGCCGUCAAGGACUACAUAAUGGACCGCCACAGACCAAAAGUGCUCGAUAACUUCACCGAGUUCACCCGGUUAGUCAAUGCUAGGUUCCGGCGGAAACAAGACCGGGAAUGUCAACUUACCCUCUUGUCUCGUAUUCUUCGGCUUGAACAAGGAUACCAGACCGUCUCUGAAUAUGCUGACACAGGCGAGAGGCUUCGAAGGGGUAUGGUUGGAGAGUAUGAAAGAAUCCUCGCCCAAACAUGGGUCGCAGGGCUGUCUGACCAGAGCCUGGUCAAAAUGAUCACACCGAUCCCUUCCAUCGAGCAGUUUAAAUCACCUCUGCUCGAGAUGACGGCUCGAGCAAGGGUCAUGGGGAAAGUGAUCACGCUCAAAGAUCACAUGGAACGUGUUCGCUCCGAAGUUGCUGAGCUCGACCGAACUAUGGCACGAUGGAACUUCGGCCCACGAAAUUCGAGACAGAUUACCUCUUCCAUGGGGAGCUGCAUUGCGAGGCUAGAGAAACAAGCCAGAGACUGCGAAGAGCAGCUCAGAAAGCUGAAGCAGGUCGACAACUAUCGCCGAUAG